ACCAAGGCAAUCUGGCAGGCUCAAAAGAAAAAGUAGCACACAAAAGCAAUUGUUAAUUUUGUAGUGCUCACUUCUUUUUUUGUUUGUUUUUAUUUUUUAUUUUGAUAUUAGCCUAGAUGAAACAGCGGCGUGUGCACUUGCCCUUGAAAUUGUCAUAGCAACGGACGCACAACAAAUUGUUAGCUUUUGAUGUUGCUUUUGGGUUGCGUUUCUUGCACACAAAAAGAAGGCACGCUAGCUAAGCCUUGGCAUUUUUCAACAGCAUUCCAAAUUCGAAGUGCAUAGACAUAACAAUACUUGCCCAUGGAUAUGGAUAAUGCAAGCUUGGCGAUGGAAUUGCUGCGUGUCGCCGCGGAACAAAAUGAGGCCACAAUAUCGAGGGAAUCACAGCACACACCCAGUGCCAAUCCCAAUUCCAACGCCGAUGCCGAUUCCGAUUCCAUUUCUAACAAAAUGCCACUGCCACCGCCACCGCCUCCGCCUACGGAAUACGUGUCCAAGUUCCGCAUCGAUGGUCAGCCCAUAUUGCCGCCAUUGAUGACAGCGGAGAAGCGACUGCAGAUGCGACAGCUGCGACAGCGAGCUAUGGAGCUAGAGGCCAAGUACAAUCAGGCACAGGCCGCCAGAUCGACAACAACUCUAAACGAAGAACGUCUUGCUGCAGCAGUAGACAGCAGCACGAAUAACAACAAAAGCAGCCGCAGCAACAGCAGUAGCAACAGCAGCAGCGACUUGAACGAUAGCGCCAUGGAAAACCCCCAAAGAUUGUCACAUCUGCAGCAAACGGAGACUUUUAUCUAUGACAGCACACGGCAGCCGCAGCCACAGCCACAGCCACUGCCACAGCAACCGCAGCAACAAAUCGUUGUGCGUCCCCAAACGCUUGACAUCGAGCCAAAGACUUCGUCGGUAGCAAAUGUAAUACCAACAAUUUGUGUUAAUCCACCAACGCCGCUGUGCGAACAGCAAACGGCGAAGCACUCGGGUACGGCAACUCCGGAGUCCAAAGGCAGUAAUCGGUCGCUCAGCACGCAUCAUCGCAAGCUGAACAACAUAACCACCCGCAUACUGCAGUUCGAGAAUACUGGACUGGGCAAGAAGCCACAGCCGGCCAAAUUGCUCUGGCACAAUGAGACGGUGGCCGUUGCGGACAAGCGAAUGCUGCGCUCAAGCACCAGUCCCUCGCUUAGCGCUGCUCAACUGGAUAUGUGUCAGUUGCAUCGAUCUCGGUCUUUUACGCUCGACGAGCCGUCCCAGGCGCUAGUCGAUCACAUGGAACGUGAGCGCAAAAAGCCGCCGGUGCCAUUGCCACCAGCAACGACUGCCAGUGCUCCCGCAGUCGGAACAUCGGUGUCGCCGCGAUGUCGCUUUGCACUGCCAGGCAACGUGUCGUCUGCGCACAGCUUGGCGCAUUUGCGACGCGACACUGUCGAGUCGAAGGCCAAGCAAGUGCAGCGCAGUGUCAGCAGCAGCAUCGUCGACACACUCAAGUCUUCAUCUGCUGCUGCUGCUGCUGCUGGUGGUGGUGGUGGUGGUGGUGGUGGUGUUGGUAAUAGGAGACGUGGCGACAUCUCUGUGCGACAUCAGCAACAGCAGAAACAGCUCGAGGAGCUGCUGCAACGUGCACUGCACGAGGCAAACGAUGCUGUGGCUGAUCAGCAGCACCUGACGCUGGCCAAGCAGCAAAUGUUUAAGGACAUCAAAAGCGCGCAUCGGGACCGCUUCCAGCAACUGGUUCAGUACCAGCACGAGGAGCAGCGUCGCAUGCAGGAGGAGUUUGAUAGACAGCAAAAGUUUCUUAUCGAACAGAUUUGCACGGAGAUUAAUGUGUCCGCGUACGCUCAUGAGUCCUUCUCCGGCGGGCGCAGCCCGAUCGGCGUUUCCGAGUACACAAGCACCGAUGAUUUGCCAACGCCGUCACGAUCCUCACCGAGCAACACGAUUACACCCAUUUCCAUGGACCUUACACAGCUCGAUGAGCUGCUCGAACAGGACAAUCCUGAGGAGUCUGCAUCCAAUACGGCACGCAAACGUCUCUUUGAUUUGGACAACGAAUCGGAAGUGCCAAUGGAGCUGCUGCAGAGUGCCGCCAGCUCACCCAGAGCCCUGCCAUUGCGCAGCAGGAAUAGCAACGACAACAGCACUAACAGCAACAGCAGCACCAGCAACAGCAACAACAGCAACAACAACAGCAGCAACAGCAGCAAAAUUAAAAAGGGUAUACAGCGGAACCAUUCAAAGCCACCGGGGUCUAAGAAUGCGAUCAGUCCAGUGCCGUCGGCCAAGUCGCCGCCGACGCGAAGAGUCGUUAACAAGACCCCAACGCUGACCAACAACGGCAACUCACGCAAUCAGCAGCAGCUAACAAUAGCCAAGAGCCGACGCAGUGGCUCGCCGAGCCGCUCGACUCAGCUGUCAGCGCUCGAUCUGGAGACGGAGCGACGUCACAUAGCCGCCACAGUUCUAAAUGCGGCCACGCGCGGCUUUUUGGUGCGCCGCCUCUUCCGAACGGAGCAAGUGCAGCGCAUUGUGCAGACCAUACGGGACACGCUCAUCUUUGUGCUCAACCUGCAUCUGGAGACAUGCGGCAACAGCCUCGACCAGGAGGAGCCGGCCAAUAUACGCCUUAAGGCACGCCUCCUCCAACAGCUGUGCUCAGCCAGCCGCACUCUGCACCUGAUCUUCUUUCAGACGAGCAUCAAGGAGCGAAUGGAAAUAAUUUCGCGGGAUCGAAAACGUAUUAAAACAAAGCUUUUGGCCAUGCACGUCAAGCAUCGAAACUGAACAAUACUCAGGGAAGGAGCGCUCUCCACUCCUAACGCGUGCGCCGCCAGCUCCUUCAAUCGCUCUCUCAACUCUUCUCACUUCAAUACAAAAUAUUAAGACUACUUGCCCAAUGUUGCCUUAAAGCCUUAUUUUAAAUUGACACCAUAUAGAAUUGCUGAUUUCGAAUCUGCACUGAGCGAACUAAUUCCAUUACCAAUGUGAUUUUAACUUGGUAGCAAGCUCAGCAGGCAGCAUUUUUUUUUAAUAAAACUAUUUCGGCUCUGAAACUCUUUGGUUAGCAAAGGACCUGGGGGCCAGAAAGUGAAUUCAAUAAAUAAUUGUGCAUU